CAUUUUUAGGUCUCUCUCAUAUUCUUUCUCUUUCUCUUUCUCUUUCUCUCAUCGUCCCCUCUCUCUCCCCAAUCUCUAUCCCUCUCUCAUAUUUUUUUCCCUCUGCGCAGUUUCAUUCUCUCUCCUCUCUCUUCCUUUCUCUCUCCAGCAGAAAGGGCAAAAAAACCCUAAAGAGCCGUUUGCACCCAUCCAGCAGUAAGUUUCUCUCACCUUACCCAUCGUCUCUUUCUCUUUCCGUCUCUUCUAUCUAUUCUCUUUCUUAAAUUGUUUUUUUUGAAUACAAUGGGUCCUGUACUAUUGAACGACCUGCCUUUUAUAUUCAGCGCUUUGUGUGUGUGUAAACAUCUGAUUCAGGGAGUUCCAUUUUCGGCCUUCUCGUCCCGUUUUCCUCCCGGAUCUACCCUGAUUUUUGAAAACCCUAGAUUGCGAGGAGGCGGCGCUUAGAUAUGCUCCGCGGGAAUGUGAAUGCGAUGUAGAUCUGGUGAUUCGGGUUUCCAUUUUAAGGGGAUGUGAAAAGUUUUGUUUUUGUUUGGGUUCUGUCUGGAUUUCGAAAAAAAUGGAAUUGAAUCUCGCGCUAAAGGUUUUCGUUUUCGAUUCGGGGGUGGUUUUCUUUUGGUGUAAUGUUGUUUCCCCUGCGAAUCUCUCUAAUGGGUACUGCUCUGAAGUUUACGAUUUGGAUCUGAGCGAAAUGUAGUACGAUAUGGGGGUUUUGGGAGUAGGCAUUUGGUGCUGAAAGGUUCGAUGUGGAUAUGGGUUGCUUAGAAUCGACGGGAUCUGAGGUGGGUUGUGAGUUACAUGGAUAAAUCAGGUGUCUUUCUAGUUGAAUCUUGUGUUUUGGGCUAGCAUCUAAGACAUUUAUUGUAGUGCAGUUGAUUUUAUUGAUGUGCAGUUCCACUUCUGUUGAAUGUUGAUUUUUUGUUGGCAUUGUAUUUAUGCAGCUGUGAAUGAUGGAUGAUGAUGCACUGAACAUGCGGAAUUGGGGCGGCUACUAUGAACCCUCGUUCAGAGGGCAUCUCAGUCUGCAGCUCACUACGAGCAUGGCGGCUGAACGAGACACCAAGCAUUUUCUCCCCGGCCGAGAUCCAAACAGCAUUAUGCUCAAUGUGAAUGCUGGUGGAGGAGGCUACCAUCAUCGCGAGUUCAUGGUGUCUGAUCCCCAUGUUCCCAUGAACUACAUGAGGGACACUUGGAUGAAUCAGAGGGAUACUAAGUUCCCAACUUUGAUGUCACACAACCCUAAUAACAGCUACCCUGUUCUUCCAGAGAGUUCAGCAGCUCAUUCUCUGCAAGCACUACCCCCGCCUAGAGAUGACAAAAUGUGCAGAAUGGAAGAGCCAGUUAUCCUCAAAGAACCGGAGCAGCCAACAAAGAAGAGGCAGGGAAGUGGUGUCCAGAAAACCCCCAAGGCAAAGAAACCGAGGAAGCCGAAGGACCCCAACAGUAACCCUGCCCAGCGUGCAAAGCCUGUCAAGAAGAGCAUGGAUAUGGUUAUAAAUGGGAUCGAUAUGGACAUAUCUGGCAUUCCUAUUCCGGUUUGUUCAUGCACGGGGGCUCCUCAGCAAUGUUACAGAUGGGGGUGUGGCGGAUGGCAGUCUGCUUGUUGUACUACUAAUGUAUCAAUGUAUCCUUUGCCAAUGAGCACCAAGAGACGGGGUGCAAGGAUCGCUGGGAGGAAAAUGAGCCAGGGCGCAUUCAAGAAGGUGUUGGAGAAACUUGCAGCUGAAGGCUAUAACUUCAGCAACGCCAUUGAUUUGAAGAGUCACUGGGCGAAACAUGGUACCAACAAGUUUGUUACUAUUAGGUAGAAGUUUGCAGAGGGUGCGGGAAUGAGUAGCGAACUGACUCCAACAAACAACAACAACAACAACAACCAUCGGUUCUGGGUUUCUGGUUCUCCUUGUAUGUAUAUCUGUGGCCUUCUGCAGAGAUCUUUUGGAGGUUCAUUGUACUUCCAUGAGUUUUUCCCAGACGUGAUACUUGGUUCUUCUUUUGUUUCAGCUAAUUUGGAACAUUUGUUCUCUCCAGAAUUGUUGUCAUUUUCAUUCCUUUUUGCCGUUCGUUCGUUAUUAACUGUUGUUAGUAAUUUCUUUCAAGCAGGGAUUGUAAGGUUAUGAAUGAGAUUAUCAAUUUGUUCUUUUUCAUUCAUUAUCUUUUGUUCGUCUUUUGCCUUCAGUGACUGAUGCUCUCUGAGUAUACGAGGUUGAAUGGUACUUUGUAAGGAACUGUAACCAAACAGCUAGGAUUGCGAAGUCGUAUUCGAGAUUGAACCAGCUAGUGUAGGAUUGCUAAGUUGUAUCCGAGAUUGAACCGGAAAACUCAGUAGUAGGAUAAUAAUGGUGAAAUCGUGAUUUAAUCAUUGUUUUUUUUUGUUUUAAUUGAGACUAAACCGAAAAACUCAGUAAUAGGAUAAUUGUGGUGAAAUCGUGAUUUAAUUAUGGUACCUAUCUCGAGAGGGGACAUACACCACCUAAAUCUGCUUAUUGGUUUACCCUUCAAUAAGAGAUUUUCUCAAUUUAUGAACACGGAUUACGGAAAUAGAGACCAUGAGGGUAAUUUCUUACACUAUGUUUGGAAAGAGGUGCAAAUGGGAGGGGUAAACACAGUUUCCAACACAUUUGCACCCGUUUUGAUAAUUUUUAAUAGUCGGUGAGUGCAAAACGGGGUGCAAAAUUACUAUUUCGGCUUACCCCGAAUUGGGGUGCAAGGGAAGGAAGGAAGAAGGGGGAAGGGAGAGAUGAAAUAAAUUAUUUUUCUAAUAUUUUUUAAUUAAUAUUAUCAAUUUCUUUUCUUAUGUAGAUAUGUUCGAGGUUGACCAUUUGACUCCGAGAGCAAGUUUAUCAAUUUCGUCUGGUCAAACCGAGAUGUAUUGGUUGACUCGAAUUUGUGUUGGAAAUUAGAGAUAAGAAGUGCUUAUUGAAAAGGCAGUGAGGAACGGUUUGGUUGACUCAAUUUAGUUGAUUAUAUAGUUAAAACUUACAGAUUCGAACGCGUUUGACUAAGUUUGACCAUAUUCAAUUUAAAGUUAAAUUAUAUACGAGAACGAUGUAGGAUGAAAAGUUACGAGUGUGACUCCGAGUUUUGAGAUUGCUCGAUCAAUAAUUAUUACAGUUGUUAUUUAUGUUAUUAUAUAAUAUAAUAUUAUUUGAGUAUUAUUAUAUAAUAAGUAUUUUAUUAAAUUAUAUUUAUUAUUUUCUGAUAAUAAUUUAUAAUUUUAAUAAAUCAAUUUUAUAAUAAUAUAAUUAUUCAUUUCUCGCUCUAUUUACACUCCCUUACUUUUUCAUCAAAAUAAUAAUUUACCCUUCCACUUGCAACCUCCUUCAAUUUGCACCCUACUGCAAUUUACCCUUCAACUUGUACCUCGAAUUUGCAUCUCACUUAUUGCGAAACAUGGUAUUAAAUUCUACUUUCCCUACUUUUCAACAAUACAACGUUAGUCACUAACCACCAUGGGGAGCCCAACCAAUGACUCUCCAUCUACUCAGCUCAGGGGAGCCCAAUCACUCAAUUCUUCACCGCCAAGCAAUCACAAUUUGGUGAUUCACUGUGAUGGGUCGUUCUUAAACGACUCCCAGCCGGCGGCAUAUGGUGUGGUAGUCACUAACCACCAUGGUCAAGUGUGUGAUGGGCGAGCUGACACUCUACUUUGUUCCACCCCACUCGAAGCCGAAGCGAAAGCCCUUUUGGAAGGUCUCAAAUUAGCCCAAGAAUAUGGCACUGAAUGUGUUGUCCAGUCAGACUGUCAGCAGAUUGUCAAAGCUCUCUCGGACGAGCCAAGAAACUGGCCUUGGAGAG